CCUUGUUGUACUAGUUUGUCGAAGAGAAGUUGUUGUCUCUUGUUUCCUUUCUCAAUGAAACAAACUACACACCGGUAUUAACUCGCUUUCUUGGUUUGGUUUUGCUCUUUCUAGUACCACCUUCGUCUCUUUGUUACGUCACUACAGCCCUCUAUGGAUGUGUCAGGAUCGAAAUCGACAAAAUCGAAAAACUUGCGAUGCGUAAAAUGUAGAGCACUGAAGGCCUGUAUUGGGGAGCAGGCAUAUGAGGCCGAUUGUAUGCCUGUUCAGGGGUAUGCAAUGUGCUGCCAGAGUAGCAUGACAGGAGCGGUCUUCUUUCCCCAAACAGCAUGACAGACUGGAUUUCGGUGCUCCCGAAAUUUGUCAUGCGCCACUUGAAAACUGAGGCUCCAACUGACAUCGAUUCUGUGCAUCACAAAUUUUUUGAUUUUGUCAAUUUCGAUUCUGACACUCCCAUACCCUCGACGACAGACAGCUACCCCCGCAGCACGAGCUGUUUUGCGGGAUCUAGAGGGGAGACGGACAGGUUCCUUGUUUCCCUUUCGUCUCUUUCGUCUUCGCCUGUUCUUACAGGCGAACAUCAAAACGACUUACCUAGCUACUGAACAAUCGCCACGACAACGUGGCCGCUGGUGGAGGCAGAAGGUCUAGACCCAACAACCGCCGCUUUUUCCGGAAGACAAGGACCGGAAAAAUCUCGUUCACCGCGGAUUUUUUCUAGCCAUGGCAGGUGCAACAGCUCGAGCCCUGGCAGAGACAGCCAUCGCGGUUUUGUCAUCUCCUUCCGCGACUAUAGUCAGCGAUCGAGCGGGAAAUCAUGUUGAUCCGACCGCAACCUCCCAGCAAGCCAUUCAGGUGGGAGCUGCUGCUGCACCAGAUGUUGUUGACCAAAGCCAGAUGAAACAAAUUAUGUCAACACCAUCCACAUCGACUUCUUUCAUGGCCCCGACUGCGUCUACCCAUGAGGAUUUGUUCGCUGGUUCUUCUUCCCAACAGAAUUUGGACAAUUCCAAAACCGCGGUCAGUUUGGUCCAAACUUGGCCGUUGCAGGGACACAACAUUCUGGACGCGUUAUUCAAUACUGGUGGAGCCCCAGGGGAUGCGCACGUCGGAGGACAUGGGCUGGAGUUGCCGAGCGACGCUAGUGGCCAACACGGUUCUUGUGAAGCCGGGCAGGACUGCUUACCGCUUUUGACCGCAGAUGGCAUAGGACCCGAAGCAGAACCCUCGAAAGACGUAACCGCUGGUAUUCUGGCGGUCAUCUUCGCGGGCAUUUUUUUCGGCAGCAACUUCGUGCCGGCUCGGAGUUUUCCCACGGGGAAUGGGAUCUUCUUUCAGUGGACCAUGUGUUGCGGGAUUUUCUGCACGGGCUUGUGCUUGUUUGCUCUAAGCGGGUUCCCCACCGUGCCGAAACCGCACUACGCGAUGGGCGGAGGCAUGGCCUGGUGCGCGGGGAACUUGAUGGCAAUCCCGAUCAUCAGCCGGAUUGGUACAUUUUCUUUUUGGGAACGUUUACUUUAGCCGAGCAUCUUUCUUCAGCAUCAGGAUCAGCAUGACAGGUUUUUUUUCUUUCACCCUUUCGCGGCACAAGAACAACCAAUCACACAACACGAUCUGAAAGAACAAAACCACAAAUCUAUGACUAUCAGGCAUGGCCCUUGGUCUUUGCGUUUGGAAUGUGUGCAACAUGCUGGUGGGAUGGUCCGCCGGUUUUUUCGGGAUCCUGGGUGCAACUAAGGCUACGGUAUCGUACCCGAUGCUGAAUAUGGCGGGCGCGGCGUUUGCCUGCGGUGCGUGUUUCAUGUACAUGCAAAUCAAACCGACGGUCGUGCAACCCUCUAGUGGCGAUCAGGACACUGAGGAGGAAGAGCCAACUUCUAGUGGCCAUAAUCAGCACCGAGCCCUCCGGAACAACCAAAACCGGAACCACAACAGACCGCCACGGACCAAGAUCGUGAAAGAAAUGGUGUUUGACGAGAACUAUGCAUUGCAACAGUAUCGUAGUAGGAUAAAGCGCAUUACAAAUCAGCUCAGCAUUACAAAUGAAAUUUGUAAUGGUGUUUUACCUUAGGAAAUAACAGCAGUUACUAAGGCUGCGAUACUUUUGCAAUGCAUAAGAAAAGUGGGAAAGAAAUAGAAAUCGACGUAGAGGUCAUCGACGAUGAAGCAGUAUGCCUUUGCAAAUCGUACUCGUAUAUUGUAAUUGCAGAUCAUAUGCAUUACAGAUCUCUUUUUCAUGGGCAAUCCAGCAUGACAAACGGCUUUUCAUAAAUAUGGAAAAACUUUGUCAUGCAAUUCGUACCAAAGUACGAUAGUUUUGCAAUGCAUAAGCCGGCUACAGCACCGACGAUGAUAUGAACAACGAUAAUUACUGCGACUACAACUCGCACGACGAGCACGACGAGGACGAAACGAGUAAGAACCACAAUUCAACUUCCACCGCGAAUAACAGCGACCAGGAUAACUUGGGCUGCUCCCCCGGCACCGGCUCCGCGGGCUCCAGGAGGGGGAUAUGCAUUGCAAAUAUGUCUGGGUCUGGAAGGAUCCAAACUUGUCAUGCUGUUUUUGGAUUCUAAAAAAAUCUGCAUUGCAUGACCAGCAAGUAGAGGAGUCCAGAUUGUGCUACGCGGAGACCGCAUUUGUCAUGCGGAAUAGGCAUCAGGAAGCCUUCCAAAAAACUGUGAUGCUAAGUCAUGCACUACAGGCAUCAUGGGUCAUGCAAAAUAUGCAUGACAAACCUGGCAAUCUUCCAGACCCAGACAUUUUUGCAUUUGAUAGGGGAAGAAGCAGUACAACUAUGCGAAGAAAAAAAACAUCAAGAUAUGGGAGUGUCAGAAUUGAAAUCGACAAGGUUGAAAUAACUUGUAAUGCAUAAAAUCGAUACCAGUUGGGAGCCCAAUUUCAAAGCGGUGCAUGACAAAUUUCGGUGGUGCCUAAAUCCAGUUUGUCAUGCUGUUUAGGCAAAGACGGGCGACUUUCUCAUGUUUAGGCAAAGACGGGCCUCAUUUGCCUGCUCUGCAACACACGCGCCUUGCGUCAUGCGUUUUAUGCAUUACAAGUUAUUUCAACUUUGUCGAUGUCAAACCUGACGCUUCCAUACAAGAAGAAGAAAAAGUACGAAGACAAUGAGGAAGCGUUCAAUGACCGUGUUUCCGUGUCCGUCUGCUCCGCCACGAACCCCAUGGGACACGCGAUGACGCCGAAAGUAGUGGAUAAAUCGAAAUCGAAAACCGGGUCAGCAUUGUAUCCCCAGAAAAUGCUGAAAACAGCUCUUUGUCUAUGCCUUUCUCAUCCAAUUUGUCAUGCCUAAAUGCGAAGAAGAGCCUUCGUUUGUCAUGCUAUAAUUUGAUGGGGAAGAGGUUUUUUAGGUUUUUCUGUGGAUACAGCAUCUUCCACUGUGUGCAGGAGUAGAAGGAAGUCUGUGAAGAGUGACCAGAAGAGAAGUCCGGAAAAUUAUACUACCGGAAAUAAUAACAGCAGAAGACAUCAUCAUCCCCAGCAUCUUCAACCCCCGCCGAUGAGCAAGGGAACAAAUAAGACGAAAGAAACGAGCAAGAGCAGCGGGAAGUUUGACAUACCGGAUCACAUCAAUAAGCAAAUUAAGGAGAAUUUGGACGAGGCGGGACAGCUUAUUGAACUCACAAACCCGGUUGACUAUGAACUGCAAAAGUAUCGUACUCGUAUAAAUGCAUAUACAAACUUCCUCAGCAUGAGAAAGAAAAUUUGUAAUGCGGAUUUACCUUAAGAAAAAGACUUGUAAUGCAUGAAUGCGAUUACUACGAGUGCGAUACUUUUGCGCAGGAUAUCGACGGCUCCAGGGUCACGAACUACCGCAAAAUGUCCGUGGGAUCGGAAAUGCUGAGCACAGCAGGGGGCGUUAACGACCAACAACCGCCGGUGGGGUCGUUUCUGAGUGAGGUCAGCAAAAGGGGCGAGGGACCGGACGUGGAGAUUCUGCAAGCGGUGGAUUCGGAUAUCAACGUGAGCAGCAAGGAAAGCUCCCCGGUAAACGUCGUCGAUAAGGAGACCACAAGAACCAAUACGAAGGCCACGCCAGUCGCGGGAGAAAGUGGUGGUGCAGCUUCUUCGAAUGCUGAUACCAUGAAACAGCCGUUACUGCUCGCGGAUAUGGAGAACAAAAAGAAAACGAAAUCGCCGCAAGGGCAGUUUGGACCGGGAAUGGGGGCAAACCUGACGGAAUCUUUGGCAGCUCCCGAACAACUAUCCUGUGCAAAAGUAUCGUAUUCGUAUUGCAAUCAUGCAUUACACAUUUUUUUUUAAAGGUAAAUCCGCAUUACAAAUUUUAUCUCUCAUGCUGAGGAAAUUUGUAAUGCAUUCAUACGAGUGCGAUACUUUUGCAGUUCAUAACAACCCAAAAAUGUUGACAACGUCAGCGGGCAAGUCAGGAAGAACCCCACGAUCGGCGGUUCCUUGAACAUGGGAACGCGGAACCGGUCGCUGUCGACAAACAACUUAGCGGAGCUGGUAUAAUUUUGAUGUAAUGUUGUUGCCCAAGUCCUUUGCAUGUAUGACAAGUGUGCCUGAUGAAUGUAACCGCGCAUAACAAAUUAUAAACGUAAAAAACCACGACCAGGACACCCACAAGAUUCGGAACCGCACCUCCGCAGGCCGCCCCCACAUGGUGAAUUCUGAUUCUCCGGAGCAACAUAGCCAGAGUGGCUUUGCUCGCUCCAUGUCAACGAACAGAAUUUCUUCUGCCUCAACCGGGGAAUACAAGUAUAAUAAUCGCCGGGGAAAAGGAGGAGCUGGCUGCUUCCCCUCCCCCUCCGAAGAUGGUUGCAAUUCCAACAAUUUAGGCCGGGUGUCUAUCCAGGAGCACUGCCGCAGUUCUCCAGAUGAAGCAGGGUUUCUUUACAGCAAUAGCCAGAAUCUCCCGGGAAGCAAUAACAUGAAACACCAGCAAAACUACAACGCCUCUGCCUACGCACCGGGUGCGUACGGAAAUCGAAACACGGUGUCGGAUAUGAAAUGCAAAUAUGUCUGGGUCUGGAAACUUGUGAUGCUGGGUGGCGUACCAUGAGGAGGCCACCCAUGCUGGCUCAGCAUGACAAGUUUCCGAGCUUCUAGGUGUUGCCUAUUCUGCAUGACAAACUGCGUUUCUGCAUGACAGAAAAGUGGGGCUCUUGGGUAACGUGCAUGACAGAUUCAAGAUUCAUGCCAGACAAGCAUGACAAACAUGCAUUCUUCCAGACCCAGACAUAUUCGCACUGGAUAUCCGAUGAACGGGAGUUACUUCGAAACAGCUCGCCUCUCUACAACGGCCGACGGUCGGAUACGCAAGUAUCCUGUGCAAAAGUAUCGUACUCCUAUUGCAAUCAUGCAUUACAAAUCUUGUUCUUGAGGUAGAUCUGCAUUACAAAUUUUACUUUUCAUGCUGAGGAAAUUUGUGAUGCAUUUAUAGUUAUACGAGUGCGAUGCUUUUGCAGUUGAUAACAAGUCGGAAUAAAUAACAGAUCCCACAAGCAAUACCACGCGAGCUAUCAGGGGAUGGGCCAACAUUAUGCAUUGCAAAAGUAUCGUACUCGUAUAAAUGCAUCACAAAUUUCCUCAGCAUGAGAAAUAAAAUUUGUAAUGCGGAUUUAGCUUAAGAACAAGAUUUGUAAUGCAUAUACUGAAAUUUGGGUUUAGGGUUUAGGGUUUUGUAUGUGAGGCGAUGGGUUACCCGGUCAGCAGAGCCGAUCCACACGAACGAAUAUACUGAAAUACGAGUGCGAUACUUUUGCACAGGAUAAACAUGCGAACAACACCACAAGUUGUACAACGCGUCGAUCCUUGGCAAAAGUAGGGAAGACGGCACAGUACAGCAUUCAGGAGGACUUGCACCGUUUGAACUCCAUGCGGAGGGAAAUUCGCGACUCUCCGCACGACAAAAAGGCGUAUGAAACGGAUUUGGAUCACAACCCUCUGCGGUUGAAAUCCCGCGAUUUCCAUAUGGCGCUCUCAAACGUUACAUUCUCCACUGUUACAUGAUUUGUCAUGCAAAAUGAGCAUCAACAUGCACACAAUGAAGCUGCUUCGCAUGACAAAUGUUGGAAGGGCUAAACAGCAUGGGAAUCUGUGCCGAAUUUGUGAUGCAAGAGUUGCAAGAUCCGGGCUUUUCCUGUUGCCAUUCCUGCAUCACAAAUUUAUGUAGUUGAGAAUGUAACGUUUGAGAAUGCCAUAUUCCACCCGAACACGUUUUGCGCGUCCGCGUGCCCGGUCGCUUAUGAAAGCCUCAGGCUCGAUGAAAUUCUCAAAGUUGAAAUAAUCUGUAAUGCAGGAAAGCGAGCCCAGUUGACGCCCCAUUUGUAGUCCGCGCAUGACAAAUUUCCCGCGCACUUAUUGAAGCAUGUCUGUCAUGCUGUUGAGUGCAAAGGGGUACUCAUCUGUCAUGCGAAUUAGCAGCCCAAUUCUUAACCCAUAGCAGGACAAUAGUCAGUCCCCAGUACGUCCUCUGCAAUGCAGUCACUUCCUGAGUCGCGUUUUAUGCAUCACAGAGAAUUUCAAACCUGAGGGCUCCAUAUCGCCGGCUCGUUCUUAGGCACCGCCCCCCCGUCGGGGAACAAUGUCAGUGGUAUAUGCAUUGCAAAGAUGUCUGGGUCAGGAAGAAUGCAAGUUUGUCAUGCUUGUCUCAGAUGACUCUUGAACCUGUAAUGCGUGAGCAGGAGAAGAGCCUGCUCUUGCCUGUCAUGCAAAAAUGUAGUUUGUCAUGCGGAAAGCGAAACACAAAGGAGCCCAGCGAAUUGUCAUGCGUGCCUGCAUGAUAUUGCAGUGUCCCACAAUUCAUAGAUUAGCAUCACAAGUUUCUGUUUUCACACUCAGACAUAUUUGCAAUGCAUAUGGCAGCGCCGUGAACAAUCACGACGGAGUCAAGAAGAACUUGGACCACGCACUGGGCGCCGUGGUGUCGGAGUGCGAAGGUGCUGGGGCGAAUAAUGGGAACCGGAAGUCCAUGGCGUCGAAACGAAUGGACGAAUGGUGGGAAGCGUCUAAGGAACGCUUUGUCGGUAGGAAUUUUGUUUUUCCUAUCAUCUGUUUGGUGCAUCAAGAUGGUUUUUUUACAGUACAACUUCUGAGCAGAUCAUGAUGUAUCCUGGCCAGCAGGACGAGGUCCAUGCAUUGCAAUUGUGGUGCCUGCUUGACAUGCGUAGUCACGUACGACAAAAUUUUUUUUCAAGGUUUCAUCCUCUGUCUGUGUAGCGGGCUACUCUACGGUGUCACCUUCAACCCGGUUUUUUACGUGAUGGACCGCUAUCCCGGAGCGCCGCAAAACAUCCUCAGCUACAUACGCAAUACAAAUUGAUUUACUGUACACGACGAGGACGACGUCCAAAAUGCAUUAAUUGAUCAUAAGGCAAGAAGCACAAAUUGAACUUGUCAUGCGUGAAUAAGAUACGACAAGGGAUUUGUCAUGCGGGCAUGCACGUCGUGCGUGCACGGUAAAUCAUUUUCUGUGGAUACUACAUUUUCUGGCACUACACGGGAAUUUUCGUCAUGUCGACGAUCGCAAUGUAAUCUACUAUAUGGCCUGCUCAAACGUUACAAUCUCAAACGUUACAAUAGAAUCUGGAUUUUGUCUUGCAUAAUGAGCAUGACAGACUCGCAGACCACUCCACUUUCUGCAACACAAAUUUCGGCAGAUUGUAGUGCGGUUUGGGACUCCGGAACUUGUCAUGCGCAGUCGUAUGAGACUUGGCUAGAUCAUGCACUUCUUGCAUCACAGAUUUUCGAAUUCUAUUGUAACGUUUGAGAUUGUAACGUUAACGUUUGAGCAGGUCAUAUACUAGCAUAAGAUUUUCUGAGUCUACUUAGAAUUUUUCCAUGCUAAUUAGGGUGACAAGGACAAGCUGUGAUGCACAUUUUUCAUGCCAAACCGCAAAAACUGAAUAGCAUCAUCAUGUUCUUCAUCGAGGAUCCUCAUCGGCCUAGUACCAUAGCAAAUACCAAAUCCAUCCAAAUUACAGGUUGAUCUAUUGCUGCGUUUCCAAGAACCAACCGGCCUACGUGUCUCCCCGCACCAUCCUUCCCGGUUUCCUCUCCGGCGUGAUCUGGGGUCUCGGCCAGAUUUGCUGGUUUAUCGCGAAUGACACGUUGGGAUUCGUGAUCGCCUAUCCCCUAGUGCCUUCCUUCGCGGGGCUGGUCGCGUUGAUCUGGGGUGCGGCGGUCUUUGGGGAGAUCGAGGGAGAAAGAAACUACAAAUUUCUGCUCGCGGGCUUCGUCCAAGUCUGUAUCGCCGGCUCCCUGAUCGGGGUCUCUUCGUAAAGAACCAAGUGAGGGUGCGGCGCGGAGGAUUGUCUUGGAGAUAUUGAACCGACAGUGUAUAUGAUAGCAAUAUUGAAACCACGUGAGCGUUGUACCCGCUACGACGACUAUACUAACUAGCGUAAACUAUAGAGUUGGGUCCAAGUUGUACUUCGACUCAGCAUCUAUAUGAUUUUUUUGCUUUUUCUUUUUCAACUACGAAAAAAAUGAACUUACUCCAGCACGUAUGGAACUACGCGGAGAAGCUGUUGAUGCUUUCAUCUUAUUUGUCGCGAUGAGUUUCCAGAACGACCCAGUGGUCUUGUUUUGCUGCUCUAUAAAUCAAAUGAUAUUAUCUGCUCUGCUUGGCACCGGAUGCUGGAGGUGCUAGUGUAAUCCCGGUGCGAUGUAUCUUUUUUAUUUUUGCAGUACUUACGUGUACGUGAAGAUGACCGUCCCUGUGGAAAGCGCUGCUGCAACACGAACGAGUCUACUGUGAAAGCAGGGCCUAUUAACAAAGGUGGCUCUACUUUUAACAGCGGGGAUCGCGAUAGUGAUUCUUUUUUUCGUACAAAUCAAGCGAUGUAACUACUUAUUUUCAAUACAACGACACCGACAUUCAAAGCGACAAGACAUUUUUCCUUGUAAAUUGUCAAGAUAGACUACCUGUUUUAAUAAAGUUGUUUUUGUCAUCAUAGUUUGUUAGACAAUUCGAACUCAGAAGUUUGCUCGAAGAUAGAAGUAAAAAAGAAGGAGAGCCAAAUCUUCGCAAUCUCGCACAGCUUUUUUGUGCACGACACAACCUUCGUUCUUUCGCAGGAAAUGAAAAAAAAAACCGUGAGCCAAAAGAGUACA